AUGGCUCAAGUCAGCCGUGGAAAAUAUGCAAGCUCCCACCUCCAAGCAGAGGACACAGUGAAGGACAAUCCAGAGACCCACCCUUGCUGGAUCAUGGGUAACCAUGCUGGCAAAGACAACCAUGUCCCUACAGGUUCUCCUUUAGAUUUCUUCCACACGCCUCCUACCACGCCCUCAGAGGCAGAGCUGACUGCCAUGGCCUUAUCCUCUGCAGCUUCAUCUAAUAAGGCACAGACGCCAUCGCCGGCUGGCAGCGCCACCCCCUCCACCACCUCUCCAGUCGCAGACUGGACACAGAAACUGUCUGCUCCCUCUGAAUGGGCCGUGAUCAGCGUAGACAGCAUUGCCCCCUCCGAGAUAAAUGUGAGCGAUGCAGCAGCGAGACAGGGGAAGGCAACAAUCAGCCCGGGCAGCCCGGGGUCUCUGCCUCCGUCCAGAGGAUCACCGUCAGAGCAGAGCUGGCAGGAGAGAGAUAGCGGACUGGAGCCGCAGCCUGCAGCAGAGAGAGCCGGAGAGGAGAUGACCCUGGUUUUACUCAGUCUGAUGGAGCACUACAGGGCCCCGCUAGGCCUGACCCCCAACACUGAUGUGACCACAGGAGCAGUAGAGCUGCUCAGGCGCUUGAUCACAGAGAGAGAGGAGCUGGUUGAGGAGGUGGACAAACUGAGGGAGACACUGAAGGUAAGUUGUCACUUCAUAAGGAGAGGUUGGAGUGGCAUCAGUUCCAGUGUGACCUGCAGGUCGCAGGUGUCUGUGGCCGACCGGCUGCGGGUCGAGUCGGAGCAGGCCCUGGGUUUGCUCCAGGAGAGCCACAGGGCCGUGGAGGAUCAGCUGGUCCGGGCCCUGAGCAGACAGCAGGAGAAGGACAGAGAGCUGGACAGUCUGAGAGCUGAGCACAGAGACGUCUGCCGCAAACUGACUGAACUCGCCCUGCAGCAGCAGCAGGAGCGAGCUGAGCUGGAUGCUCUGAGAAACGCACGCAGGGUGAAAGACGUAACAGAUGGUGAUAAACAGGCAGAGAGACAAGACUCUGAGGAGGGGCAGGGAGAGGAAAUCCAGAGAGUUCUGGAGGAAGCUGAAGCAGAGAUUGAAGCUGAACAUUUGGAGAAGCAGCAGCAGCAGCAGGAGGAGGAGGAGGAGGAGGAGGAGGAGAACGAAGCACAUCCAGAUGCGGAAACUAAAGGUGCAGGUCAUGAUCCUGAGAAGGUGAAUGGAUCAGGGAGCUCACAGCUGAGAGGGAAGGGAGUAGCAGAGGGAUACCUUCGUAGUUUAGCUGCGCUGGAGAAGAAGAAAGAAGAGGGACAGAAGAAUGGGCAGAGAGAUCCAAGGAGGAUUGCGAUGCUGUCUGAAAGAUCUUGGAGUUUAUCUCGUCUUCCACUCCCAACUGACUCAUCCAGUCAAAAUGGGAUCUCAAAAAACACAAGCACAACAUUGCCACUAUGCAAGAAAGAGGAGCCGACAAAAGGGAGAAGGAUGGAUCGCAUUUUACAGCGACAGGACAGUUGGUCUAGCUUUUAUACAGGAAAACAGGAUGAAGACCAAAGCUCGGAUUCCAUCAAACCUCAGGAUGGUUUCAGUGCUCUGCUGAGGCGUCAUGGCGGCUCCAGAAGAAACUCCCUGCUGCGCUGGUGCCAAAGUCGUACACAAGGUUAUAAGCAUAUUGAGAUUACAAACUUCAGCAGCAGCUGGGAGGAUGGUUUGGCGUUCUGUGCUGUUUAUCACACAUAUUUACCAAGUCACAUCCCCUAUGACAGCCUCAACCCAGGAAACAAGAGAGAAAAUCUGGACCUUGCUUUUAAGACAGGAGAGAGUGUGGGAAUCACAGCCACACUGACAGUGGAGGAGAUGCUGAAGGCCGACGGGCCCGACUGGCAGAGGGUACUGGGUUAUGUCGAAAGCAUUUUCCGUCACUUUGAGAUGUGAAGUCGUCUUUCUCUUGUCUUGCUCUUGGUCUUUCUUGAUCAUUUUGACUGGAGCUGAAGGACUGAAACGCUGUUGACCACAAGAGGGAGCUCUGAGCUCGCCAGCCAGAAUUUCAAUAUUAGACUUUAUGAUAUGAGAUGAUUUUAUUUAUCGAUACAGUUUCCCCUCUCACAGACACGGCUCUUGGCUGACAGCCAGAUGAAAGAAACUAAACAGUGUUUUGCCCUUGGAAUACUUUUAUUUUUCUACAUACUGUACAUUGCAGUCACACUGGAUGAUGGGUAAAUAUACACAGGACACAAAAAUAUUUAAAAUACAUAAGUAGCAUAGCAGGUUAAUCACCUGCUCAACAGUUACUUUCACAUUUGUUACUGGGUGCUGGGUGCACUGGUUUUGCACUGUUUGCCUUUUUAGAAAAAUUAGCACUUUAUGAUUAAUGUAAUGUGUGGUAUUUUUAAGUGGAUGGUUUCAGAAUUUGGGGCACUUCUGUUUUAUUUAUCUUGACUAGAUUAAAAAAAAAGAAAACACACAUUUUAGUCAGAAACUUCUCCUGCCAUGAUACAGUGUUGUCAUGUCUGCAUGCACCAAAAACUAAGUCUUACAGAGCAAAAGGGAGCAGACAUGAAUCCAGAUUUUUAUAUGCAUAUAUGUAAUGGUGAUGUUUUAACCUUAAAAACUACAGAGACUGUCUGAGGAAAGUUGCCUUUGAGGAAAUGUAUAUAUGUAAAUGUGUGGAAUCCCAUCAGUAUUUUUAAAACUAUGAUAAAUAUAUGAAGCUGUUGCUGACAAAGCCUUAUUGCAAUAAUAAAGUUAUGUAUAAUGUAA